AAAGCUGGCCUAUUUCCGGAAAAUCUCCUUUCGAUGCAUUUCCGGAAAAUCACCUUUCGAUGCAUUUAAAUCACCGCAGGCUAUGCUACAAAAUGGAGUCUUUGUAUCUUAUUUAUUGUGUGCUUAAUUCAUUGUUCAGUUUGCUUUGUGUAAAGUCUGCUGAUACAAAGUAUAUGGAGACCUCGAUCCGGAAUUAUUUUUCUAAUACCAGACAUCACGAUCCUGAAUACAAAGAAUAUAAAUAUGCAGCCAAAGAGUAUAUUCAUGGAGAAUUCUUGAGACAUGGAUUAACCACUGAAUACCAUACAUUUCAGGAACAAUCUGUGUCAAAUACUGAGAAUUUUCAAUCAGUAAUUGGUAUAGCAAAAGGCACUAACUUUGGAAAAGCAAAUGAUCUGAUAAUUGGACUAGGUGCACAUUACGAUACAGUAAACGAAACAAAAGGAGUUAAUGAUAAUGGAGCAGGAGUUGCAGCCAUGUUGGAAGUUGUUAGACAAUUGACUGAUAGGAAUAAAAAUGGUGUCAAAAGGAAAAAUACAAUCAUUUUUGUAGCAUUUGAUUUGGAAGAAUAUGGAUCCUGCCGUGGAACGUCAGAUUGCAAGCUCCCUGAUGUCCCACUGGCUGGAAGCCGACAUUUUCUUAAGGAAUGGCUACCUCCAUGGUUGAUAUUAAAUUAUGGUAAUGCUGUACCAGCAGUGAUACAUGGUGUAAUUAUAUUGGACAGUAUGAUGAAUUAUAAUACAUCAGCUAGAUCUCAGACGAUUCCACUACAAAUAGAAGACACGUUUGAAACAGCAUUUCCAGAAUCCUAUGCCAGUAUAGCUUCUGACAAUUUCCAAGGAGACUUUCUUAAUCUGAUAUACCGAAAACCAACUAACGAUUCAUACUUAGCUGAAGAAUUUCUUAAGUCUUGGGGAGAGCUGGGAAAAGCAAAAUAUGAAAUCGAAUCUCUACCUCUUACUUUUACAAAGUUCAGCGAAAUACCAUCAUCUGACGAAAAAAACAUCCUUAUGAACUUCAUGCGAAGUGAUCAUGGAAAUUUCUGGGAAAGUGAUUUACCAGCCAUCUGGUUGACGGACUCAGCCGAUUCUCGGGGUGAUAUGAUACAAUGUUAUCAUAAGGAAUGUGAUAAUCUACAAGUGAUGCUGACCGAUGAGAAUAUUAAUUUCCUUGGAAAAACUGUUGAUGCUAUCGUUACUACGAUACAUAAACUUUCAGAACCAUCGGGAUCUGGGGAAAAUGAUGCAAGUCGAUGCAACCAACAGACUUUACUGACCAUACUUACUUACAUUAUAUAUACGAAAAUGAUGUAGUUAUUUUUAGAACAAAGUGAUGUUAUGUAGUAGAAACUAAAAAAGCAAAGGCUAUUCCACAUUUUCUGCAAGGUCUGCAAUAUAAAACCGAAAUCAAAAUUUAAUAAAUA